UACAGAUCAGUUAUAACUAAUCUUAUACGAUGGAGAAAUCCAUGGUGAUUAUCCUUCUGAUAAUUUGCCACAUUGCAAUUACAACUGUCGUUGCUCAGCAUUCGGUGCCGUUUCCGUCAAAGGGAGAGGAUUCAUGCAACGUAGUUCAAGUCAACUGCGGGUCGGCCGCUCCUGUUAACGAUGAAAGCGCCUCUCAGCACCUUAGACACCCGGGGCCCCCCGGGAAGCGUGGCCCCAAAGGCGACUUGGGUCCUAUUGGGCGUGCUGGACCCCAAGGUAUCAAAGGAGCAAAGGGCAUAAUUGGGGGUGUUGGACCAGCCGGUGAUAAAGGAAGUCGAGGUUCAAAGGGACAACAAGGAAUCAAAGGUGUGAAAGGAGACGCUCCUGACUACAUGAGAAUACAAAACAUGAUGAGUGCAACAAGCUGCAAAGAUCUGAACGAAACUUACGGAGUUUCCACAAGCGGAUACUAUCCAUUGAGAACGAUUGGUACCGGAGGUCUGGUCUCUGUUUACUGCGACUUCAGAGUUUACGACGGUAUUCAUACAUGCCAUCAACUGAAGGAAAGAAACGGAAUAACGACGUCUGGAAACUACUUUCUUGGACCAGCUAACAACCAAUAUGAGGUUCAUUGUGACUUUUCUGGAUCGGAUGCAAUCACCGAAAUUCGACAUGAUUCCAUGGGAGAGGUGCUGAUGCCAAAGUGCGAAGAUCCGGGGUGCUACUCUAAGAUUCCUCUGUAUACAAUCAGCCUGAUCGACACGAUCAAAAUCAUCGAGAAUUCAAGGGAAUGUCGGCAGUAUAUUCAGGCACGUUGUGAAGGAAUGAUGAUAUUACGUGAUGGCCCUUAUGCCUGGUGGGUUUCACGAGAUGGUGAGAAAAUGCUAUAUUGGGGUGGAGCGACUUCUAGAAGAAAUUCUUACUGCGCUUGUGGAGAGGCAGGUGGAUGUGCUGACAGCAACUACAAAUGCAAUUGUGAUAAGAACGACGACGGCACCAUCAGGGCAGACGAAGGAUUUCUGACCGACAAGACCAAGUUACCGGUCAAAGAAAUAAGAUUUGGCGACAUGGGAGAUAGUGGAGAAAAUGGAUGGCACACUCUCGGCAAAUUAGAAUGCAUGGGUUAGGAACUCGGGACCGACCGAAAACUAA